AUGGCAAAGGCUGCUACACCAGCCAGGACAAAAAGCGGCAAGACUGGCGGCAAGCGCUCCGCUCUUCAAGACGUUGUAACUCGUGAAUACACCAUCCAUCUGCACAAGCUCCGUGCCCCAUGGGCCGUAAAAUCUGUUGUCGAUUUCGCCCGCAAAUCCAUGGGCACAACCGAUGUUCGGUUGGACCCCAAGCUCAACCAGGCAUUGUGGGCUCGAGGUGUUAAGAGCGUCCCUCACCGGAUAAGAGUAAAGCUUGAGCGCAAGCGUAAUGAUGAUGAGGGCGCAAAGGAGAAACUUUUCACAUAUGCCAGCCAUGUAGUUGUGACCUCGUUCAAGGGCCUCCAAACCGCUGUUGUAGACGCAGAGUAA